AAUAUUUGCACGAAUGGAAGUGCUACCUCUUGUGAAGAUUGUCUGCUCAUUCAUCCCAAAUGUGCGUGGUGCUCCAAAGAGGACUUUGGCAGCACAAAAUCCAUCACCUCAAGGUGCGACUACAUAGAAAACCUAAUUGCGAAUGGCUGUGCGGGAGCGAUUGAGAGUCCCCAGAGCAGCAUUAACAUAGUGAAGAACAAUUCGCUCAGCAGUAAGGGCUCCAGUUUGACCCACUCGGACGUUACUCAGAUGAUGCCUCAGAAGGUCUCCUUGAACCUACGCCCUGGGGACCAGACCUCUUUCCGAGUGCAGGUUCGACAGGUGGAGGACUAUCCUGUGGAUUUAUACUACCUGAUGGAUCUCUCCCUGUCCAUGAAGGAUGACUUGGAUAACAUUCGGAAUCUGGGAACCAAGCUGGCGGAAGAGAUGAGACAGCUCACCAGCAAUUUCCGGCUGGGUUUUGGCUCUUUUGUGGACAAAAACAUUUCUCCUUUCUCCUACACUGCUCCAAAAUAUCAAAACAAUCCCUGCACUGGCUACAAGAUAUUUCCGAACUGCGUCCCGUCCUUUGGCUUCCGCCAUAUCUUGUCUUUGACGGAUAAAGUGGACAGUUUCAACGAAGAGGUUCAGAAACAGAAGGUUUCCCGAAACAGAGAUGCUCCAGAAGGCGGUUUUGAUGCAAUCCUGCAGGCGAUCGUGUGCAAGGAAAAGAUUGGCUGGAGGAAAGAGGCUUCUCACUUGCUUGUCCUCACGACAGAUGAUGUGCCGCACAUCGCGCUGGAUGGGAAGCUGGGGGGGCUGGUCCAGCCCCAUGACGGCCAGUGCCACCUGAACGAAGAGAACGAAUACAGCGCAUCCAAUCGGCUGGAUUAUCCUUCCCUUGCGCUUCUUGGGGAAAAGCUAGCGGAAAACAAUAUCCACCUCAUUUUUGCUGUGACAAAAAAUCAUUAUGUGCUUUACAAGAAUUUUACAGCCCUAAUUCCUGGAACAACAGUAGAGAUUCUACGUCAAGACUCCAAAAACAUAAUCCAGCUGAUUGUCAAGGCAUACAACAGUAUUCGGUCUAAAGUAGAACUAACUGUUUGGGACAGUCCUGAAGAUAUUGGCCUGACCUUCACAGCCACGUGCCAAGAUGGUUUGUCAUAUCCUGGACUCAGAAAGUGUGAGGAUCUGCAAAUAGGAGAUACAGUUUCCUUCGAUGUGUCUGUCAAAGCUCAAAGCUGCCCAGCGGAGAACACCUCGCAUACAUUCACCAUCAAACCGGCUGGGUUUCGGGACACGCUGGAAGUGCUGAUCACCUACAACUGCCUUUGUGGAUGUAGCAAACAGAACGAACAGAACAGCAGCAAGUGCAGCGGGAACGGGACCUACACCUGUGGAUUAUGCGAAUGUGACCCAGGCUAUCUAGGAGCCAAGUGUGAAUGCGAAGAGAGAGAGAGUGGGACUAUGUAUAACAUGUGCCGGGAGGCUGAAGGCAAAACCCUGUGCAGCGGCAGAGGGGAAUGCAGCUGCAACCAGUGUGUCUGCUAUGAAAGCGAGUUUGGCAAGAUCUACGGGCUGUUCUGUGAAUGUGACAACUUCUCCUGUGCCAGAUACAAGGGCGUUCUGUGUUCAGGUCAUGGAAAGUGUGACUGCGGGGAGUGUAAGUGCCAUGCUGGUUACAUCGGGGACAACUGUAACUGCACGACAGAGACCGACAGGUGCGUCUCAAAUGACAGUCAGAUAUGCAGCGGCCGAGGCGACUGCGUCUGUGGGAAAUGUCAAUGCACCGAACCUGGAGCGUUUGGAGAGAUGUGUGAGAAGUGUCCCACCUGCCCAGGUGUCUGCAGCACUAAAAGGGACUGCAUCGAGUGCAUGCUGUUCAACUCAGGAAGACUGGCUGAUAACCAGACCUGCCAAAAACACUGCAAGGAUGAAAUCAUUACCCGUGUGGACGUCCUCAACACAGAUGACCAGAGCUCGGUCUUGUGUGCUUACCCGGUGAACGACUGCGUGAUGAAGUUCACCUACUUGGAGCUUCCCAGUGGAAAGUCGAACCUCACAGUCCUCAAAGAGCCAGAAUGCAGCUCUGCCCCAGAUGCCCUGACAAUCUUGCUGGGAGUAGUAGGCAGCAUCCUGCUGAUCGGCAUUGUCCUCCUGGCUAUCUGGAAGCUGCUCGUCACCAUCCACGACAGACGGGAGUUUGCAAAAUUCCAAAGCGAACGCUCCCGGGCGAGAUACGAAAUGGCAUCCAAUCCCCUUUAUCGAGAGCCUAUUUCUACGCAUAGCUUAGAUUUCACGUUCAACAAGCUCAACAAGUCGUGCAACGGUACAAUUGAUUGAUCGCAUCGUACGAAACUGGACUGCUCUCAACAAUUGCUUGACUUUAUUGCGGCUUCGUGAAUGGAAGAUGGAAGCCUCUUCAGUGGGGAGAAGCCCGUAAAACAAGAGUGGUCAUUGACAAAAGGCUGGGAUUUGCACAGGAAGGACAACUGGCUCUGCCAAGCUUGCGCUGUCUGACCCCUGGACUUACCUGUGUGCUGAUGGCCUUGUUGCCUGUGCUCAUGGACUCUGUUGUGGAGCUCUUUGCACCCCAGCUUUUCAGAUACAUUAAACAUGCCAACUAAGUGAACUAAGUGCCAUAUUGCAGCUUCACACACAUCCUGGUGGAAGGAGUGACUAAGCCAAAUUCAGGGUUGAGACUCUGCCAUUGCAAGUGUUUAGGGGGAUGUUAGCUUCUGGGAUGAUAUAGAUGGGGAUGGUCCUGCUUUGAGCAGGGGGUUGGACUAGAUGACCUCCCGAGGUCCCUUCCAACGCUAAUUUUCUAUGAUUCUGUGAAAAAUGGGUGUUGGAAGCAUAUGUGUAAGAAAACUAGGAUACAGGUGUUCUGCCAUCUUUAGGAUCUUUUUAUAUAAAAAAAAAUUAAAACUAUUGUGCAUAUAUAAUAUUUUGAGUAUU